AUGGCGUCCAAGGUGGAUGCCCGGCUCUUGAAGUCGACAAAGUUUCCACCCGAGUUCAACCAGAGGGUCGAUAUGAAGAAGGUCAACGAGCAGGUCAUGAAAAAAUGGAUUCACAAAAGGAUCGGCGAGAUUCUCAACGGCGAGGACGACGUUCUCAGUGAUCUCUGCAUGAACCUGCUCAAGGCCCGUCAAUUCCCUGACAUCAAAUCGAUCCAAAUCCAGCUUACCGGCUUUCUCGACAAAGACACUGCUUCGUUCUGCAAAGAGCUCUGGAAUAUGUUGCUCAGCGCUCAGUCCAACAAGUCAGGAGUGCCUCAGGAGCUUCUCGAAGCGAAGAAGCUUGAACUCAUGCAGAAAACGAGGUUGCGCGACGAAGCCAUAGCAACGACGACCGUGAUACCCGAGAUCGUCGGCCUGGCGGCGACAGUUGGCAGGCUGCCCCAAGACGCGGUGAUCGUGCCUUUUCGAACCGUGGACGGGGAGGAUAUGGUCGUGGUCGCCCGCGAUCCCCUUCCCCCGGCCCGCGUGGUCGUGGUUCUCGAGACGCGUAUGGACGUGACAGCUACGUCCCACAGGCGAGACGUGGCCGUGAUCAGGUCUCGAGACGUGGCCCAAGCGGUAGAUCACUGUCUCGUUCACGCUCGCGCUCGCGCUCGCGUGGUUCCGUCACACCCCGUCGACGCUCUGCGACUCCGCCUCGACCGCGGGACUCACGAAAGAGAUCGCGAUCUCCUCGCCGCCCUAGCGAUCGACGACGUCGUUCUAGCCGCAGCCGUAGCCGCGGACGAAGUGUUUCCCGCAGUCGCAGUCGAUCCCGCCGCGACAGCCGCAGCCGCAGCCGCAGCCGCAGCCGAAGCCGAAGCUACAGCAGCGAUCGCAGCCGGUCGCGUAGCCGCAGUCGGAGCCGCAGUCGCAGUCGAAGCCGCAGCCCAGACAGACGACCCUCUGCACACAGCCGCCACCGGGAUGAGGGACGCGGCAAAAGUCGCCGGGAGCGCAGCUACAGCCGCCGUUCGGACCAUAGCCGCUCCCCACGCGGCCAAGGUCGACGCGAUGGAGGUUCUCGACACGGAGACCGCUGGACCCCUGGAAACAAAGGCAGACAUGGUCGGAGGCGUAACAGUUCAUCCGAAUCUUCACCCGCAAGCGGCCGUGGGAGCCCAGCUGAUGUUUUGGAAGAUAAACGACGCACAGCCCCGCGCAAACCGAUGGCGUCCAUUGAGAAGGACCACGAGGUGGGUGGCUCCGCUUGAGAGCGCCGGAGAGAAUUUACGUCUCGAGGGCAUUGCACUGACCUACGGGGCGUCUCAGCUCAAUCGAGCCCAAAUCGACCAGGGCUUACUCAAAGAUAAGCUCUUGCGAGAGAAGACCCUCUUGCUAAAGAAGAACAAGGAAGAGGACACCGUUUGA